AAUACGUGACGUCACUUCGCGGUGGUACUGGCGGACGCCACAUUCACAGCCACUCCAACCGACGGAUGUAAAAAAUAUAUAGCCGAGAAAUAAAAGUACACAUUUCUAAUUCCAAGAGAUAAUUUAAGUCGUUAUUGGUGCGGGUAAAACGUUUUUUUUUUUUUUUUAACGGGACGUUGUCGGUUUGUAUAAUAUGAUGUAGCUGCUCUCGUUUGGCGAGAGCUAGCUAGCGAGCGAGCGAGCGUUAGCAUCGUGCGUAUCGAGGCCCCGGCUGAAUGUGAGCACAAAGGCAGCGCCCCCACCGCACGCCUCGUUUCGGAACAAUGUAUCCUUCGUGGAACUAUGGUGCGCCCCAGUCGCAAAACUACUCAGCGCCCGGGCCGCGUAAGCUCCCGGGCGGAGGCCACGCAGGCCCGCCGACGGGUUUCGGCUCUUUACAGGCCCCGUCGAGCGGCUCCAUGUUCUCGAGCCUGCAGGAGCAGCACCUCCAGCAGAUGCAGCAGCUCCAGAUGCUGCACCAGAAGCAGCUCCAGAACGUGCUCCAUCCGAAUAGCGCACCACCGUCCUUUGGUGGCGGACUCUCGGGGGGCUACUCGGCGCCGACCUGGCAGUCGACGGAAGCGCCUCCUUUGGACCGAAGCACCGGGAUGCACUCCCACAUGAAAGGAGACAACGCCGCGAUACAGCCGGACCACUCGCAGCCGCCUCCAAUUUCUUUAUACGCGCACAAGAUUGAACCUAAAGCGGCUCCUCCGCCUGAGAGCCAGUCAGUUAAGCCGCUGGACGCCAACGCUGCUCCGGAUGCAAAAGCAAAGGACCCAGUCGGUAAAGACAAGAACUCCACUUUGCAGGAUCAGCAGCAACUAUGGUACAAGCAGCAUCUAGAGAAUCUGCAGAAGUUAAGGCAAGAGAAAGCCAAGCCCAAUCAAAAUAAUGCAGAACCCCCCCCCAGCAGCCAAGCCAUGCAGCCGCCUCCUCCGUCCGAGCCUCCCAAAGGCGAGCCUCCUCCUCCCCCUCCGAAGGAGGAGCAACCGGCGCCGCCUCCACCCCCUGAGCCUGACAAAAAGCAAGACCCGGAAGAGGCGGCCCGACUCCAGCAACUCCAGGCUGCGGCGGCUCAGUGGCAGCAGGUUCAGCAGCAGAGGGUCGGCUUGCAUUAUCAGGCUCUAAUGCAGCAGCACGAAAAGCUUCAGCAAAUACUGGAAAAGUAUCAGCCACUUAUUCAGCAACCUUCAAACCUCGAGUCAAUGGCUCCCGAGAUGCAGCUGAGGCAUUACGAAAUGCAAAAGCAGCAGUUCACGCCUCUUUUCCGAGAUUGGGAGCUUACCUUCAAGCUGUGGUCCGAGCAGUUCCAAACGUACCCGCACAAAGACCAGCUGCAUGACUAUGAGAGCCAGUGGAAGCAGUGGCAGGAUCAGAUGAAUGCCACCAACGUCCACAUUCAGGAGACCAUCGUUGCACUCACUGCCAUGGUGCCCUACGCCGCCAUGCAGUAUAACAAUGCAGCCAUGGCGCAGUAUGGCGCUUACCCGGGACAAGACAUGCGAAUGCCACCACCUUCCAUGACUCAGCCGCCGCCACCCAUGACUCAGCCGCCGCCAUCGAUGACUCAGCCGCCGCCAUCGAUGACUCAGCCGCCGCCAUCGAUGACUCAGCCGCCGCCAUCGAUGACUCAGCCGCCUCCGUCGAUGACUCAGCCGCCGCCGCCGAUGACUCAGCCGCCGCCGCCGAUGACUCAGCCGCCGCCGUCGAUGACUCAGCCGCCGCCGCCGAUGAAUCAGCCUCCCCCGCCGAUGACCCAGCCUCCCCCGCCGAUGACCCAGCCUCCCCCGCCGAUGACCCAGCCGCCCCCGCCGAUGACCCAGCCGCCCCCGCCGAUGACCCAGCCGCCCCCGCCGAUGACCCAGCCGCCCCCGCCGAUGACCCAGCCGCCGCCUCCACCACCAACAACUCAGCCACAAAUAAAUCAGCCACCACCAACGCCUCCUGCGGUUGCUGCCAGUCUCACAUCCCAAGGCCCACCUCCCGGUCCUCCGCCGGGUCCUCCGCCGGGUCCGCCGCCGGGUCCUCCGCCGGGUCCUCCGCCGGGACCCCCGCACACUUCAACUCCUGGACCCCCACCCAGAGGAAGCACCCCCUCUGGAAUGGGAGCCAAGUGUCCUGUUAAUGUUCCGCCACCAAACUUCAACAGCAUUGGGGGCCCAAGAGAAAACAUCAGCGGAUUCAACCAGCCAAUGACGUUUGACGGAGGACCUCUAAGAUUUGGUCAGCGUUUUGAUCGUCCCCCUCCGUUUCAGCCACCUCAACAGCACUUUGACGGUCCUCCUCGGUUUAACCAACCCAGGAUGCGCUUUAAUGGGCCUUCUGGGUUUGAUCAGCCCCGCCAGAGCUUUGACGCUUCGCCUGGUUUUCAGCAACCCGGUUCACGUUUUGAUGGGCCUCCCAGGUUUGACCAGCCCAAGCAGCGUUUGGACGGUGCUUCCAGAUUUGACCAGCCGCCCCCAUUCGGCAAGCGCUCUAGAUUUGACCAACCCCCUCGACAGGCUUGCCCGCAGCCUCCUGUCAAAGGCCCACCAGUUCCGCCACCAAAAAAGGAAGAACCCCCGUCUCAAGCGCAACAGGGCCCCACGCAAGCUGUCAGCGAGGACUCUUCCUUAAAAGCAGUUGAAUUGCCUCCAACCGACGAGCAAAACCAUACAAAGAAUUUUAGUAAUGGCACCACGGACAAAGACACGAUCGAUGACUUGGUGGAAAGUGGUGGAUUUUUUCUUCCUAGCGAACCAAUACCUCAGAACAAAAAUGCACGCACCGAGGAAGAUGAUUCUAUGGACAUUUGCAACUCCCCCAAACAAGUUGACAGUGAUUUAAGCCAGCCUGCUGCUGCUGCUGCUGCUGCUGCUGCUGCUGCUGCUGCUGCUGCUGCUGCUGUUGCUGCUGCUGCUCCUCCUGUGGAAUCACAGCAAGCCAAUUCACCCAAUUACCUUCAAUUGAACGGCCCGUCAAACAGCAGCGCUCCCGCCUCCCAAAAACAAGAGGAGGAACAACCGCCUACAGAAGCGCAAUUAAGACCGGAACCUGGAGGUCCUUUCCCAAAUAGAGGACGAGGUCAGCCCAUGCAAGGCAGAGGACGAGGGCAGAGGGGACACGGAGACUUCAGGGGGCAAAACACAGGAGCACCUGUGGGGGAGCCUCAUGAAUUUAUGCCUCCUGAGGAAGAAUGUCAUCAGGCGCAAGAGGACUGUCACUGGCAGGAUCCACCAUACGAGGAGUUUGGCGAGUCUGAGGAACCAGCUGAAGAAAUUUGGAUGCCAGAGGAGCAUCACUUCGGCGCAGAGGAAGAGUAUUACGAAGAACCCAUGCAAGGACCUCUCAGAGGUAGAGGUGGGCCAAUGAUGAGAGGACAUUUUCCCAUGCCCCGAGGAGGACCACCAAUGGGUAGAGGAGGGCCACCCAUGGGUCGAGGCGGACCCAUGAUGGGUCGAGGCGGACCCAUGAUGGUUCGAGGCGGACCCCCGAUGGGCCGAGGCGGACCCCCCAUGGGUCGAGGGGGGCCGCCCAUGGGUCGAGGUGGGCCGCCAAUGGGCAGAGGUGGGCCGCCUAUGGGUAUGACAGGACCAGACAUUGCUACAGGUCCACCCAUGGGCAGAGGCGGGCCUAUGGGCAGAGGUGGUCCGCCCAUGGGCAGAGGAGGUCCACCCAUGGGGAGAGGAGGUCCGCCCAUGGGAAGGGGCUGUCCGCCCAUGGGAAUGGGAGGUCCGCACAUGAGUAGAGGAGGUCCACCCAUGGGAAGGGGUGGUCCGCACAUGGGGAUGGGAGGUCCACACAUGGGGAGGGGGGAACCUAUGGACAGUCAAUGGGACGAAACAGGGCCAGCUGAGUACCAUGAAGAAGAGGAACCCUGUUGGGGGGAUGGGGGCCCUCCAAUGAGAGGGAUGAGACCUCCAUUUCCGCCUAACCGCGGUCGUCCACCCCGCGGCCAUCCUGGAUUCAUGCGGGGUCGAGGACUCCCGCCGCACCGAGCGCACGGGCCAGUCGAGGAAGAGUCAUUUGGCUAUGGUAGGGAGUCUGGCGAUAUGGGCAUGGAGCAACCGGGUCCUUACAUGGGCCACGGGGAUGGUCCUCAUAACUUAAUGCACGCCGGUGCAAGAAGAGGCAGGUGGGCACCUCCUCACAAAGUCAUGGAGCCUGAUGAGGAGCCAUUUUAUCAGGAAGAGAUUGAGCCCGAUCAGGACUGGCGGCCACCCUACGGCAGGUGUCCUCCAAUGCCGCACGAGCUCCUCGAAAGAGGUGGCGAAAUGAGGAGACGACCUAUGGGUCGUGGAAUGGCCGGAGGCGCGAUGAGGCCCGGUAUGCCGCACGAAGAGGAGGAGGCGUACGCUUUUGCUUUCGUCGAUGACUACGGCCGCGAAGAAGACGACCGUCACCGGAGGCCGCCUCACUCCGACGACCCUCGAAAUGAAGGUCGGUUCUUCAACCCUGAAUGGGACAGAGAGCAUUCUCCGCGAGACAGAGAGCAUCCACCUCCACCCCCGGAGCACUACCGGGAUGAGCGCUGGCUUGAGGACAGAGAGCGAGGCCCCCCGCAUCGUCCCUUUGAAGAGUACGACCAUAGAAGAGGCGAGAUCAGAGUUCGCGAUUACGCAGAGGAGCCGCCGUCCCGACCGGAAGAUCUGCCACGUCCUUCCGAAUGGGAUCGGCCUUCUAGAUUCGACCCGCCGGCAGAAAGAGCUUUCCCCGCCUAUCGUGACGGCAGAGAUGAAGCUCCUCUGGAAAGAGCUCCGCUUCCAAAUGAACCUGGCGGAAACCCGCCAGAGUGUUCUGGCGACAUGCACGGAGGGAAUCUGCUGGCUCUUUCCCAGCGGCAGCAUGAAAUCAUCUUAAAGGCUGCCCAGGAAUUGAAACGCCUUCGGGAGCAGCAGGAGGUGAAAACCGAUCCUACUUCUCAGCACACGAUUGUUGACACCUUACCUGACCUUCCCGCCGGGAUUAUGGGUUUGGAGAUCCCGACCGAAGUCCGAAAUGCGCUAAAGGGCAUGAGCUCAUCUGCCCAGACGGCCGUAUCGCAGUCUUGGGAUCCCAAUCCCGCCGCGUCUGUGCCCACGGUGAUUCCAAAGACUGUGGAUUACGCCCACGGACACGAACCCGGUACCACUGUGGAGAGGAUCGCUUAUGGUGAGAGGAUUGUGUUGAGGCCCGACCCGGACCGCUGCUAUGAAAAAGAACCUCUCCGAGAUCCUUACAGCAGGGACCCCUAUUACGACAGACGACCGGACCCUUACAUGGAGCGCCUGGAGUUCAGUCGAGAAAGAGAAUUCUACAGAGAAACCCCUCCGCAAGAAUAUGAACGGGAACGAUUCGGGCGGGAACGAUACCCUCCGAGAGAUCGAGACGAUAGGCCCCCUCAUCGUCCGGGCUACCGGGAACGAGACCUGGACUUUCGAGAGAGGGACCGGAGCGGCAGCCGCGAUCGGGAGGACCCUUUCGGGAGGCCGGGCUACGAAAGGCCGCCGCCACCCUAUGAGCGCACCGGACACGAGCGCGGCGGCAGCGGAGGGCCCGAGCGCUACGGACAUCCCUCCUCUCCCUUUGACCGAAGAAGCUACCCUGAGGAGCGAGGCCCCCCCUCGGCAACGCCGCAGCCAGCUGUGGAGAAGAAGCCCGAGAUCAAGAACGUGGACGAUAUUCUCAAGCCCCCCGGAAGGCUGACGCGGCCCGAGAGGAUUGUCGUCAUCAUGAGAGGACUCCCGGGCAGCGGAAAGAGCCACGUUGCAAAGCUCAUACGGGAUAAAGAGGUGGACUGUGGCGGCGCCCCACCAAGAGUUUUGGUUUUGGAUGACUACUUCAUGACAGAGGUUGAGAAGACCGAGAAAGACCCAGACACGGGCAAAAGGGUCAAAAGAAAGGUCCUCGAGUACGAGUACGAGCCGGAGAUGGAGGACACCUACCGCGGCAGCAUGCUCAAGACCUUCAAGAAGACCCUGGAUGAUGGCUUUUUCCCUUUCAUCAUCUUGGACACCAUCAAUAACCGGGUCGGGCAUUUUGAUCAGUUCUGGAGCGCUGCCAAAACCAAAGGCUUUGAGGUCUACAUCGCCGAAAUCAGCGCCGACGCCCACACUUGCGCAAAGAGAAACACCCACGCGCGCACGCUGAAGGAUAUCCUCAAGAUGUCCAACACCUGGGAGUCCACCCCUCGUCAUAUGGUGCGUUUGGACGUGCGAGCCCUGCUGCAGGACGCCGCCAUCGAGGAGGUGGAAAUGGAGGACUUCCAUCCCGAGGAGGAGCCCAAGGAAGCCAAGAGAGAGGAGGAGGAAGACGGGGAUCGGGGCUACAUUCCAAAAAGCAAAUGGGAGAUGGACACGUCGGAAGCAAAACUCGACAAGCUGGACGGUUUGGGGAUUGGCAGCAAGAGGAAGCGUGACGCCGCUCACAUGGCAGGCAUGGAGGACUACCUUCAGCUGCCCGAUGACUACGCCACCCGCAAGUCUCAGCCCGGGAAGAAAAGGGUGCGGUGGGCCGAUCUGGAAGAGCAAAAAGACGCCGACCGCAAGCGUGCGAUCGGCUUUGUGGUGGGCCAAACGGACUGGGAAAAAAUUACAGACGAUAGCGGGCGCCUUGCACAGAAAGCGCUCAACCGUACAAAAUAUUUCUGA